AUGCAUCAGAAAAUAGUUUUACAGUCUGACUAUAUUUUAACUGAUUUUGAACAAGCAGCUAUUUGUGCAGUUAAACAAGAGUUCACAACUAGUCAAAGUCAAGUAUGUCUCUUUCAUUUGGGACAAAGUAUGUGGCGAAAAGUUCAGUCCGUUGGUCUUUCUAUUAAGUAUGGUGAAGACGAAGAAUUUAGUUUGCUAGUCCGUCAUUUGCUUGCUCUUGCUUUUUUACCACCAGAAGAAAUUCUAUCAGCAUUUGCUGAAAUUAAAGGACAACUAGAAAUAGAAUCUGGCACGAAACAUCUUUUAAUGUGGGUUGAGGAUAACUAUGUUCUUGGUCUAGUUCGAAAAACACUACGGAAUGGCAACAUUAUUCGAGGAUUACCGUUAUUUUCACCAGAAUUGUGGUCUGUUUUUAAUCAGAAUAUUCCAAGAACGCAAAAUAAUAUUGAAGCCUGGCAUCGAUGUUGGGAGUGUUUUUUUGGCUUUUGGUGA